CUCACAAAUCUACGCCACCAUCCCAGUGAAGUGCUAACACAUAAUGUUUUUAAAUGACUCAAAUUUGGACAUAUAAUUCUUGUAAACAAACAGCCAUGCAUACCCUAUAGUUUCUGCAAAAAAUGUCACAACCUAGUGGUGAUUUUUUGCUUUCAUCUGAAGAUAUGCCGGAAGCUGAGUCCUCAGGUUCUUUAGAACAUGCCAACAAGAAGAAAUUUUCUUCAGGCUCCCUUUCAGGAGACGUAGCACGCCCCAAAGUAGUUACUGUCAAACAUCCUGAAUCAAAUAAGUUAAAACCCACUGCUAAAAAGAAUAAACAACCAAUUCAAGCCGACUUAGAUGUAUCAAAAGAGUUUGUAAGAUGUCGAGAAGAUGGUUUAAAAAGAUUAGAUCUUAGUAAAUCUAAUAUAACAUUACUUCCACCCACUGUAAGGGAUUUACAUCAUUUAUCUGAACUGUACCUUUAUGGUAACAAGUUAGUAUGUUUGCCAAAUGAAAUAGGAUGUUUAACCAGCCUUCAAACUUUAGCUCUUAGUGAAAACUCUUUAACCAGCUUACCUGAUUCUUUAGAAAAUCUGAGAUCAUUGAAAGUAUUAGAUUUAAGACACAAUAAACUGAAUGAUAUACCAGAUGUUGUUUACAAACUAACCUCCCUUACAACCUUAUUUCUAAGAUUUAACAGAAUAAGGUAUGUAGGGGAUGAGAUCAGGAACUUGACAUCUCUGACUAUGCUGAGUCUAAGAGAAAAUAAAAUUAAAGAAUUGCCACCAGGAAUUGGAUGCUUAAUACAUUUGUUGACAUUUGAUGUUUCACACAAUCAUUUAGAACAUCUGCCUGUUGAAAUUGGACAGUGCAUUGAUCUAUCUACUUUGGAUUUGCAACACAAUGAAUUGUUAGAUAUUCCAGAUUCUAUCGGACAACUUCAACAAUUAACUAGGUUAGGAUUAAGGUACAAUAGGUUAACACAGAUACCUCCAUCUUUGAGCAACUGUAAACACAUGGACGAAUUCAACGUUGAAGGCAAUGCAAUUUCACAACUGCCAGAAGGACUGCUAUCAAGUUUAAGUGAACUAACAAGUAUCACAUUGUCAAGAAAUAAUUUUUCAGCAUAUCCAUCUGGUGGACCCUCUCAAUUUGUCAAUGUCGACUCUGUUAACUUAGAACACAACCAGAUAGACAAGAUUCCUUAUGGCAUAUUUUCAAGAGCCAAACAUUUGACAAAACUCAACAUGAAAGAAAAUCAAUUGACUUCUCUACCCUUAGACGUUGGAACAUGGACAAAUAUGGUAGAGCUAAAUCUAGGAACAAACCAGCUUAGCAAGCUGCCAGAUGACAUACAAUGCCUGCAAAGUUUAGAGGUACUGGUUCUAUCAAAUAAUCUAUUAAGAAGGAUCCCACCAAGUAUUGGCAAUUUGCGCAAAUUGCGAGUUUUAGAUUUAGAAGAAAAUCGCCUGGAGCAGCUACCGCAAGAAGUUGGCUAUCUAAAAGAUCUUCAGAAGCUUAUUGUCCAAUCAAAUCAACUAACAUCUUUACCAAGGGCCAUUGGUCAUCUUACGAAUCUGGUGUUUUUGAGUGCAGGCGAAAAUAAUUUGGCAUUUCUUCCUGAAGAAAUCGGAACUCUGGAAAAUCUGGAAUCGCUUUAUAUAAAUGACAACCCUACUCUGCAUAAUCUUCCAUUUGAGCUCGCUCUAUGCUCCAAUUUGGGUAUCAUGAGUAUAGAAAACUGUCCAUUAUCUCAAAUACCAGGAGAGAUAGUGGCAGGUGGGCCUUCUCUGGUCAUACAGUAUUUAAAGAUGCAAGGACCCUAUAGGGCUAUGUGAUGAUGUGAUUACUUGCUUUAAAAUCUUCUCUUAAUGAGAAGAGACUUUGUGAUUUUAAGACAAGGCGACUGUAAAAUUGACAAGGCUUGGCGAGAAUUGAUUUUGAUUUUAAUCUGGAGAUGUUUUUUUGUUAAUAGUAAUGAGUUGCGGUAUCCCUAAAAUUGUAUUUGGAAAAUUUUAAUUGUUAAGUUAUACAAAGGGGGGUCCAAAAUAAACUGUAAUUUCAUUCGACUUCAAACUGCUUUGUUUUCUCAACUCCAUUCCUUGAUUUUGAUACCUUGUAGUACUGCUGCCACAUCAGCAGAGCACAGGGUUAAAUUGGAUGAAUUUUGGGGCUGGUAUUUUGCUAUUCAAGAUAGCUUGAUAAUUUUUUUUCAAUUGGGCUGAUUAACCCUUUCGUAAUGGGAGUUUUUUUUUUCGACAGGCUCCACAAACGGUAACUUUUUCUGCUUAUACUUUUAUGCGUCUCCUGUUUAGUGUGUAUACACUUUACUGAGUUUCCGAAGUGUUUGAAUGUUAGAUUCGUUAUCAGAUUCUAACAAAAAAUCUAUCAAUUUCUGCUUCAGUAUAUUUUAUUAUUAUAAGGGCCAGUCUUUUCACCUCUGAGUAAAGUUCAAAGUAACUACUUGCUGAUUAAACCAUAGGGCCAUUGUUUGUUAAUCUGUCAAGUAAAUCUACAUGUAACUUUACUCAGAGGUGAAAAGAUUGGCCCUAAGUCUAGUUAGUUUUAGAAUAUUUAGUAGUAAUUUGUUAUUUUACACGUUUCUGAAAUGCCUGCUAAUACAAAACCUUUUGCUGCACAGCAGCCUUUUUCCACAGACAAGUUAUAGUUGAUCACCUUAAAUGAAUUCGCGUGCUUCCUAUUUAUAAGUAAUCCUCACAAUGAUCGAAAAAAUGUGUCUCUUGCAUAUAUGUUGUUUAAGUAUUUGCACAUUUUUAUUGCUUCCGGGUCAAAGGGUUCAAGGACGCCUGUAACUUUUAAAAGAAGUAAACCAUAAAUUUAAUGUUUUAGAGCAACUUUCUUGUAUGUUGUCUCCAUCAUAAUACUUAACAAGAAAGUCAUUGAAGUUGAAUGUAUGGUCUCAUAACGGUA